AUCACAUGUCCCACAGCUGCCCUAAUUACCCCUGUAAGAGACCCCAGAGUGUUUUCUGUUUUGAAGCAAGUGACGUCAGAGCUCAGUGAGUUACGCAAUACCACCCCACACCAGAUCAUAACACAGCCAGCUGAAGCACUUCUCAUAUAACUGUGCGUGGGGUUAGUUUACACGGCGGGGAGAUUACUGGAAGGGAUUCAAAUGCAUCAGCUGAUGGGUGUUAAAAGGACUACAGUUACAGUUACAGAUAUGUGCUUUUAAAGUUGAUGGGAGCCUCAGAGAAGAUGUUUGACUGGGACGAGGAGUGGAACAUCUCUUUCGCAGGGUGUGGAUUCAGGAGUGUUUACUACCUGGGAGCUCUGAGCUGCAUCCUGGAGCGGGCCCCACAGCUGGUUCAUGGAGCCUCAAAGAUUGGAGGAGCCUCCUCUGGUUGUCUCGUGGCUGCAGCUCUGGUUGUUGGGAUUCCCAUUGAAGAGUUCUGUGUUGACGUGUUGAACACAGCCAAAGAGGCCAGAGAUCACACUCUGGGUGUUUUCCACCCGACCUUCAGUCUGCUGCGGACGGCGAAGGAGUUCCUGCAGCAGAAGCUUCCAGAAGAUGCUCACAUCAAGGCUUCUGGAAAGCUCUGCGUGUCCCUCACCAGGAUGUCCGACUGCACGAACGUUUUGGUGUCAGAGUUUGAGAGCAGAGAGGAGCUCAUUCAGGUCCUCGUGUGCAGCUGCUUCUUCCCUUUUUACAGCGGUUUCAUCCCACCUUCAUACCGUGGAGUGCGCUACAUGGAUGGAGCCCUGAGCAACAACAUGCCUCUGUUCGAGCAGAGAAACACCAUCACCAUGGCUCCGUUCUCGGGCGAGAGCGACAUCUGUCCCAAAGAGGGGACGUUCAACUUCUUCGAGGCGACCUUUGGCAACGUCAGCAUCCAGGUCAACACCGGCAACGUGCACCGGGUCUGCACGUCCUUCCUGCCUCCCAAACCUGAGAAGUUGGCAGAGAUCUGUCACAACGGUUACAUGGACGCUCUCCGUUUCCUGACAGAAAGAGAUCUGCUUGGAUCACAGAAUCCUCAGCCCGGUUUAGAGGCAGAGACAGAAGGACUCAGACCUGCUUGUUGUGAGCUGAUGGAGACGAAGAAGACGCUGAUGGAAGGUCACGGAGGGCUGGAUCUUAAAGUCAUACAGAAUCUCCCGCUUGGUUUCAAGAAAGUGCUGUGUGAGGCGUGCAGGAACAGUCGUGUCGGUGACUCCCGGUGGUCUCAGCUCUCUGACUUCCCUCCAGUGAGGCUGUUCCUGUAUCUGAUCAUGCUGCUGGUGCUUCCCUUGGAGCUGCUCCUCUCACUCAUGAAACGGUUGAUGAUCUCAGGAUGCACGGUGGUCUGCAGACUGCUGAAGCUGAAUGAAGAUAUGUGCAGGAGAGAAUGCAGCAAUAGAGGUGAAGCCUCCAACAGCUUCUCCAACUCAAACCUCAAAACUGAGACAAGAGGAGACAAAAGCAUUGAGUAUUUGACUUCAACAGUCCCCACAAAGUCCAACAAAACCCCUCUUAUGGGUAACAACGGUCACCUGGAGCAGUUCUCCUUCACUUCUACCUCUGCAGGUCCUUCAACCUCCUGAUGCCAAAUACAGCGGCACACGAUGAGCUGACUUUAAAGCACAGAAGUUAAGACCCGUACGCCGGGAGAGAAAGAUAUAGUAUUUGUAUACCAUCCAUACCAUACCAUCUUCUUUUGCUUGUCCGGGUCCGGGUCGCAGGGGCAGCAGUCCAGACACUCCUGUCCCCGACCACUUCUACCAGCUCUUCUGGGAGGAUACCGAGGCGUCCCCAGGCCAGCUGAGAGAUAGAAUCUCUCCAGCGUGUCCUGGGUCUUCCCUGUGGCCUCCUCCCUGACGGACACGCCCGAAACACCUCCCCAGCAGGGAGACGUCUGGGAGGCAUCCUGACCAGAUGCCUGA